CGCACGCACGCGCGCACAGACACACACACACACACACACACACACACACACACACACACACACACACACACUGCAAUCCGGUGCUUAUCAGCGACUGUGCAAAAGUCAGCCAGCUUCACUACAGAGAGGUGAAGGCGUGAUGGCGGAAGAUAUUCAGCAGAAACUUAAACAGUACCGCACGGCUCCAUUCGACGCUCGUUUCCCAAACCAGAACCAGACCAGGAACUGCUGGCAGAAUUACCUGGAUUUCCACAGAUGCAGUAAAGCUCUGGAGGCCAAAGGCAUGGACACGACACCCUGUGACUGGUACAGUAGAGUGUAUAAAUCACUGUGCCCUAUUUCCUGGAUUGAGAAGUGGGACACACAGCGAGAUGAAGGGACUUUCCCAGGGAAGAUCUGAAGAUCCCUCCAUCCUCCUCCUCCUCUUCAUUAAGGGAACCGUAACCGUAUACGAGAUGUGACCCUGUUCACCUGCCGAGUGGGACCUGAACUACAUUUCCCACGAUGCACCUGGGGCACAGCAGGGCAGGGUGGAUCUGUAUAUCUGUCAUUCCUAAUAACAGUUGAAUGUGUUGCAGCGUGUGCAUUAAAGCUCUCAGGCCUUGUAACACCA